AUGGGGAGGAAGGGAGCUGCAGAGGUGGUGGCAGUUUGUCUUAUGGUGGCGAUUUGCAGCGGAGUGGAGGAGGAGGAGAUCCCGCCGUCUGAUGUGAAUUUGCGCAAAGUUUUACCAAAUCUUACUAGAAGACGUCCGUUUUUCGUGGAUCCGAAGAUGAGCUAUCGCAGGGACAAUCGUGCAUCUAGAAGUGCUGUAUUUGAUAACCUUGAUGGCAUUGAAGAAGGUGGUCUCAGGGCUUCUUCAUCGUAUACAGAUGAACAAGAAAAUGAUAAAUCUUUAAAUAUUCUGCAAGAUAAAGUUGUCUUUCUAAAGAGAUUGACUGGUGAUAUACAUGAUGAGGUGCAGAGUCAUAAUCGCAUGUUGGACAGAAUGGGUAAUGGGAUGGAUUCAGCAAGGGGGAUUAUGUCAGGAACUAUGGAUCGCUUCAAAAUGGUUUUUGAAAAAAAAUCAAGUAGGAGAACAUGUAAACUUGUGAUGUAUUUUGUCAUGUCAUUCUUCAUCAUAUACUACUUGUUCAGGUUCCUUAUGUAUUAUAUGUAUGGUUAAAUUGUAUUUUUGAUGCUUCUUUUAUAAUCUAUAGACAUUUAUAUAUUGGUGUUUGGUUUACAAAAUGAUUUUUUUUUUUUUUUUUUUAAAUUUUAUUUUGAAUUAUUGAAAUAUGUCUAAAGGAAG